AUGAAUACUUAAGUUUAUGACCUUUUUAUUUCGAAUGAGAAUCCAAAAUUUGUAGCUAAAUUGCUAGCUUAGUAUAGGAUCAUUCAAUUUCUUGGUCAAGGUGCUUUCAGUAGUGUAUUUAAAGUAUUUCAUGAUGGUGAAUUUUAUGCAAUAAAGGUGAUGUAUUUUAACAUGAUCAUAGAUAGAUAGUUGAAAAGAUGAAAGGAAACACAGAGAAGUUAUAGUAGGAAGCCUUAAUUUUGAAUUAAUUGAAGCAUCCUAACAUCGUACGAUAUCACAAAACUUUUGAAUCGAAAAGAAGACUUUAUUUUAUAUUGUCAUUCAUAGAUGGAAAAACUCUUUAAUAAUAUAUUGAUGAUGGCAAUAUCAGAUUUUAUGAAAAAGAAUGCAUAGCAAUAAUUCGUUAAUUGGUUGAUGUACUGAGCUAUCUACAUUCCAAUCGAAUUAUUCAUCGGGAUAUAAAGCCAGGUAAGAUCGGUUGUUGAAAGUAGAUAACAUGAUUGUUGAUAAGAACCUGAACCUUACUUUGAUAGAUUUUGGUCUAAGUUACAUGACUACCUAGUAAAUAACUACACAUUAAAAUUGUGGAACUUUAAUAUAUAUGGCCCCAGAAGUUCUUAUGAAAAAAGAAUAUUUUAAAUCUGUUGAUAUUUGGAGUUGUGGCAUCAUCCAGUAUUAAUUACUAAAAAACUGUCAUCCAUUUUGGACCAAUCAAAAAAAAGAAAAAUAUAUCAAACAGAUGUCUGUACCAUAAAAAGUAGAUUUUAGCGGUAUGUCUAAGUAUAAUUUUAAAUUUGAAAGAGCUGCUAUUUCUUUUUUUGAAAAAACUGCUGCUUUUGAACCUGAAGCAAGGAUAACUGCUGAAUAAGCAUUAUUACAUCCAUGGAUAACAUGUUAGUCAUCAGAAACAUAUAUUAUGACAAGCAAAGAAAUCUUUUAAGCUUACAAAGGAAUAGCAAUAUUUACUAAGGUAUAUCAAUUUUAUUACUUUAGUUUUAAAAACUUAUUGUAUUUCUACAAUUUGUUAAAUAAAAUAGUGAAAAAGCUAUUAGAGCAAUAGUUUUACCUUCUACUUAACGUUUCUUUUCAAAGUAAAAGAGUCCAAAAAAACCAAAAAUACUUAAAAUACCUACAAGAUCUUGCUUAAAUUCUAGCCAUAGUAGUAGAGAUGUGAAUAAUUUUAUUUAUUUUAGAGUUCUGAGAAACAGAAAAUAAAAUUACCACCAAUUAUAAAUUCUAAGAAAAGUCCAAAAGGAGAAGGAAGCCCAAAUCAUUUUCUUUCUAAUAAUAAGAUAAUUAAUCCAAUGUAAACAGCUAUAGAAUUUAAAAAAUCUCACUUUAGACUGAAAUGA